AUGAGCGCUCAAACAGGUGUUGCCGAAAACAUGCUCUGGGGAGGUCGAUUCACUGAGGGAAUUGACCCCCUCAUGAUGCAGUACAACAUGUCGCUGCCCUACGACCGCAUCUUCUGGAAGCAGGACAUUGCCGGAUCCAUUGCAUUCGCCCGUGCCAAUCUGAAGAAUGGCAUUCUCACCGAGCACGAGUUCGCCGAGAUCGAGCGUGGCUUCAAGCAGAUUGCCGAGGAAUGGCGCACCAACACCUUCGAAGCCAAGGAGAACGACGAGGAUAUCCACACCGCCAAUGAGCGCCGUCUCAGUGAAAUCAUCGGCAAAGAGGUCGGCGGUAAGCUGCACACCGGCCGCUCGCGAAACGAGCAAGUUGCUACAGAUAUGCGAUUGUGGCUGCGUGAUGAGCUCCGCUUGCUUGACAACCACCUCUGCAACCUAGUCAAGGUCUCCAUUGCCCGUGCUGAGAAGGAAAUCGACAUCCUUAUGCCCGGAUAUACCCACCUCCAGAAGGCCCAGCCCGUCCGCUGGUCCCACUGGGUGUUGUCGCACGCUACCGCCUUCGCCAGCGAACUGCAGCGUCUGCGUGAGGUUAUUCGCCGUGUAAACCGCAGCCCUCUCGGCUGUGGUGCUCUGGCUGGUAACCCAUUCCAGAUUGACCGCGAGGCCAUGGCCAAGGAGCUGGGCUUUGAUGACCUUCUCUACAACUCCAUGAACACUGUCGGAGACCGUGAUUUCGCCAUGGAGACUAUGCAGUGGGGCGCUUCAUUCAUGCUGAAGAUUUCCCGCUGGGCUGAGGACUUGAUCAUCUACAGCAGUGGAGAAUUCGGCUUCGUUCGCUUGUCCGAUGCUUACUCCACUGGCUCAUCGCUGAUGCCUCAGAAGAAGAACGCCGACAGCCUGGAGCUCCUCCGUGGCAAGUCCGGCCGUGCUUUCGGCCAAAUGGCCGGUCUGAUGUGCACAAUCAAGGGCCUGCCCACAACCUACAACAAAGAUCUCCAGGAGAGUAUCGAGCCCCUGCUCGACCACAUCAAGACCGUCAGCGACAGCAUCCAGAUCGCGACCGGUGUCCUGUCUACUCUGACCGUGAUCCCGGAGAAGAUGAUCGCCGCACUCGCACCUGAGAUGCUGGCCACCGAGUUCGCCGACUACCUAGUGCGCAAGGGUGUUCCCUUCCGCGAGGGCCACCACAUCUCAGGCCGCGUUGUUGCUCUUGCCGAGCAGAACAACGUCCCCAUGGACAAGCUCUCGCUAGCUCAGCUACAGGGUAUUGACUCGCGUUUCGGCGAGGAUGUCCAGGCUUGUCUGGACUACGAGCGUGCUGUUGAGCUGAAGGAUGCCAUUGGUGGUACCAGCAAGCGGGCUGUUCUAGAGCAGACUGCUGUGCUGAAGAAGUUGUUGUAG